AUGAAAGAGUUCGAAUGGCCUAAACCGAUGCUGAUUCCCUCCAGCAAGAGAAAUCAAAGUAAGUACUGCCAUUUUCAUAGAGAUCACGGACACGAUACCGAAGAAUGUCUGCAGUUGAAGGACGAAAUUGAGUGCCUACUAAGGCGGGGACUAUUGGCUAAGUAUGUAAAAAACGACAGGGGCAAGCAAAGGCUCGAUGAUCGACCCCCGCCAAGGACGGGAGUAAUAAACAUGAUCAUCGGGGGUGUAACAUCGGGCGGCGUCUCAAAUUCUGCUAGAAAGAGCUAUGCGCAUUCUGUGGGGAUCUGGUCUAUCCAGAAAAAAGCAAGGUGCAACCAGAGCAUUACUUUCGAUGAAGAGGACUUGAUCGGUAUAACGCAUUCCCAUGAUGACACCUUAGUGAUAGUAGGUGAUGUAGCGAAUUUUAAUGUGAAGAGGGUGCUAGUUGACAGGGGAAGUGUGGCGAAUGUCCUCACCUGGGAUGCCUUCUUGGGUCUAAAGAUUCUCCCCGAGAAGUUGAAGAUUGUGACUACCCCUCUACAAGGCUUUGGAGAAGCAACAGUGAUACCGAAAAGGAACUAUAGAGCUUUCAGUUACGCUAGGCACAUAUCCAGCGACAGUGGUAAUUGUGACUAA